AUGAGUUGUGAAUUUACACCAAAUAAUUGUACCUCUUGCUCAAGUGAUUAAUUUCGAGUACUAAACUUAAGUUCAAAAACAUGUAAUUGCUAAAGUGGGUAUCUUGAAAUUGAUGGAAUCUGUUAAUAAUGUCAUUAGAGUUGCUCAACAUGUUCAUAAUCUAUAAAUAAUUGUGCUGCUUGUGAUUAAUUUCGAUAUUUGAAAAAUAAUAAAUGUAUAUGUAAUGAAGGAAUGUAUGAAUCAAUUUAGGAUAAAUAAUGUAAAUUAUGUAAUAAAACUUGUUUGACUUGUACUUAUACAAGUGAUUAUUGUUUAACAUGUUCGAUUGAUAAUCAUAGAAUAUUUAAGUCUGGAAAUAUAUGUGAAUGUGAAUAAGGAUAUUUUGAAAAUCCUAUUACCUAGAAUUGUCUAGAAUGUGAUAAAUCUUGUUUAACUUGUUCCUUAUAAUUUGAUAAUUGCUUAAGCUGUGAUUCCAGUUUUAAAUUAUCUUUGGUAAAUAAUAAAUGCUUAUGUUCACAAUCUUAUUAUUUUGAUUCUUCAACUAAGUAAUGUUUAUGUAAUAAAUCCUUUAUAUAAUUAGAAUGCAAUAUAACUUGUCUAGAAUGUAACAAUAAUAUUUAAUGCAUAUUAUGCAGAGGAACAACCAGGCAUUUUGAUUCAGAUACAAAAAAGUGUAUUUGUAAUUAAGGAUAUUAUGAAACAAACGAAUAAAACUGUUAAUGUAAUUUUGUUACUAAUAUUAUUAGAGUGUCAUUUUUCAUGCGAGACUUGUGAAAAUACUAAUAAUCAUUGCUUAAGCUGCUUAGAUAUUUACAAUAGAAUAUUAACAAAUAAUUAAUGUCUUUGUAAAGAUGGAUAUUAUGAAGUUGGGUUUGAAUUAUGUUAGAAAUGUAAUAAUAUUUGUAAAACCUGUUUGUCUACUUCUACUAAUUGUUUAUCAUGCUACGAUAUAGAACAAUUCAGAUUUCUUUUAGGAGAUAAAUGUUUCUGCAAUCCUGGUUAUUUUGAAUCAGGUUCAGAUAUAUGUUUAAGUAUUGACUGUUUAUUAUAAAAUAGAAUGUUCAAAUUAGUGUAAGACUUGUUAGGGUUAAGAUGAUUAUUGUACAAGUUGUGAUAUUGAUUCAAAAAGAGUUGAUUAAUCAAUAAUACAUAAAUGUCCUUGCAUUGUUGGAUUUUAUGAAGAUUAAAAUAAAAUCUGUUAAAGUAUAUUAAAUAAUUAUUUAUUCAUAGAAUGUCAUAUAAAAUGUUAAACUUGUAUUAAUUAGAGUGGCUAAUGUUUAAGUUGUAAAGUUUUUUUAAAUUCAAAUCGAAAUAAUUUAUCUGAUUUAUGCAAUUGUAAAUAAGGUUAUUAUGAUGAUGGAACGUAAAUUCAAUGUUAAAAAUGUAAUUUUAAAUGCUAAACUUGUGAAAAUGAGGAGAAUAAUUGUUUGGUUUGUUAAAAUUCAAUAAGAGUAAAUCCGCCAUCAUGUAAUUGCAUGGAUGGUUAUUACGAAGAUGAAUAACAAAUAUGUUAAAGUAAAAUUAAUUUUUUAAAAAUAAGUUUGUGCUUCUUAAUGUCAUACAUGUAUAUUAUAAGAAUCAAAUUGUCUAAUCUGUAGGGAAGGAAGGAUAGGAAAAGAUUGUAGAUGUUUUGAUGGAUAUUUUGAAUUUGGUUCACUACUUUGUGAAAGUAAAUAUUUUUAUUAAAUUUACAAAGAAUGUGCAUUUUAAUGUGCCAGUUGUGAUUCAAGUCAAUAAAACUGUAAAACUUGUAAAGGUGAUAGAAUCUAAGAGCCUUAAUGUAUUUGUUAACCAGGAUAUUUUGAUGAUCUAUUAAAUGAAAAUUGCUAAAAAUGCAAUAGUUUUUGUUUAGAAUGUAAUAUAGAUGGAUGUUUAUCUUGUAAUGCGAAUAGAAUAUUAAAUGAAGAAAUGGAUUGCAUUCCUCCACCAAAUUCAGUUUGGUAUGAUCAUACACCUUGGUGUUCAAGUAUAUUGUUUAAUUAUACUAAUAGCUUGUCAAAUUGCAGUUGUUAAAACAUAUUUAUCAGAUGACAUUAGCAAAAUUAUCAUUCGUUUUGAUUUUCCUUUAAAUCCCAAAGGAUUUUAUUCAUAAAUCCAAAUCAAUAAAUGUUUGUAAUUAUUUGAGUUAGAAACUACAAAAAGUUUUGGUAAUAAUGCUGUUUGUUACCUAAACCCAGAUGACUUUUAGGAAUUAUUCAUUACUUUGGGGGAAAACUCAUCAAUAAAUGUUGGUGAUGAAAUACUUUUUUAAAGUAAUUCAUUGUCUCAUAUAAAUUGUGGUACUACUUUACAAAAGUUUUUUUUCACAACCUUAUAAAUGCCAAUUAAUCCAAUUCCACCAUAAAUUUAAUACAAUGUACCUCCUCAUUUACUAAAUCCAUAUGCAGAAAACUUAGUGCAUGUAAAUUAAAUUUCUAAUAAUGGGAAUAGAAAAUUAAAGAAUAUAUUGUGGAGUUAUGAAGCAGAAGACAAUGAAAAAAGAGAAACCUUAAACUAAUUCUUAGAUUAAAAUAAUUUAAUAUAGGAUUAUAAUUUAUUCAUACCAAAGUUUACUUUACCUCCUAAUAGUUUAAUAAAAUUUAAGAUAUAAUAUUAGAAUUUCAUUCAUAUUAAAUCCUUUUCAGAAUUCACUUUAUUAACUCAUUCAGGAGAAUAUCCAUAAAUCAAUAUAAAUUUGAAACCAUAUUAUUUCGUUUUUGAAUAAAUAUCAGUUAGUUUAUCUGUUGGAACUCUUAAUCAGUCAAAUCUACAAGAUAAUUCUAGAUACUAAAUUUAAAUAUUUGAAAAAGAUAGAUAACCAAAAAAAACAACUUCUUCACAUAUAAAUAUUUCAAUUCAAUCUAAUCCUUUUGAGACUAUCUUUACUAAUAUUUCAAAAUAUACUUUAAGUCCAAAUACAACUUAUACAUUUUAAGUCAAUUCAACAAAUCUAAUGACCAGCAAGUCUUAAAUAUAAUAAUUUAAAAUUCAUAUUCCAUUUGCUGGAUUAACUUGUAAAUUUAAUAAUAGAGAAAUUUAAAGUAUAAGAUAAGAUCUAAAUCUAUAAAUAAAAUGCAAAGAUUUGGACACAAGAUAUGAUUGGAACAAUGAUCCAGAUUUAUAUAUUUAAGUUUCUUGUAAAGACCUAUCAUUAAAUAAUACAUGUAAAAAUUAAUAAAAAUAAACAAUUCAUGUUAAUGCAACGGAUUUUAUUUAAUUUAUCAAGAAAAAUUCUAUGUCAACUUUUAUAGUAUAGGAAUGGACAGUUAAUGUUACAAAAUUUAGUCAAUCUUCUAAAUUUAAUCUAAUUAUUGUUUAUCUUGAAGAUAAUUUUCCUUCAUUAGAACUUGAAUAUAAUCAAGGUUAUUAUAUGAGAAAGGUAAAUAAUUUUGAAUAACUCAAUUUUACAUUUCUCAUUCCCCUUACUUAAAAACGUUAUUUAUUAGAUCUAUCAAUAGCAAUUAUAUAUAACUAUGAAAUAAUAGAAAUACUACAACCAUAAUAUACUUCGCACAAUUUUAAAAUAUUUAAUAGUAUUAAAGAAUUGAAUUUUGGUGAUACCAUAAACCUUAAGUUUAGUGCUUAAUAUACAAAUAAUAUAAUGCCUAGUCUAAAUAACAUCAAACUAAAUAUCAAUUAGCCUCCUAUUUGUUCAAAAUUAUUUAUUAUUCGGUCUAACGAUUUAGCUCUAACUAAUAUUUAAGUUGCUACAAUUUGUGAACAAUCAAAUGACUUUCCUUAUAAAUAUUAACUUAGAUUAUUUUUGAGAGAAUCUGAUUUGACAGAAUUUUAAAAGGAGAAUCAGAUAAUUCCUUAGUAUUCUAUUCAUUUUAGAGUCAAAAUUAAUUUCAAAUUUAAAUACCCACUUCUAUUGAUCAAUCAAUUGUUGGAAUUUUAGUAUCAGUGCUUGAUAAUGGUGGAUCAAUGAGUCAUAUUUUUGAUAAAGUUACUGUAAAACCUGCGAAACUUGAUUGUUCUUAAAUAUAAUUUUAGAACUUGACCUUAUAAAACAAGAUAUCAUUGCUUUUUGAAUCGAUGAAUCAAAAAUGUGAUUAAUUGCAUUAUUUAAUUUAUCUUGAUUUGCAUUACUAAUAAAUUUUUCCCAAUACGAAUGAAAAUACUUUAAAAUUUUAAGCCAUAAAAUUAUAUAAACAAUUUUUAUAUUAAUUACCAUCUAACUAAUCUUAAAAUCGAUUAUUGAGUGAAGAGACUUAAAUAAAAUGUUUUGAUUUAAAGUCGAAUCAUUUAUUUAUUACAUCAAAUUCAACUUAUACUGUUGUUAAUUUGACAAAAAAAAUAGAAAAUUUACAAUAAGAGAAUGAUAAAUUAGAUAUAGCAUUAAUAUAUUUUAGUGAAAUGAAAAGAAAAUGUUUAGAAGAGCUUAAUGUAAAUUAAUUCAUGUGGAAUGAAGAAAUUUUUCAAAAAUAUUAAACUUCCCAAGAUGGUUUAUUAACUCUAUUAUACUAUAUUGAUGAUAUAUAUUCAGAUUUCUCAAAAGUAAACACAAAAAAUGAAACCAUUUAUAAAAAUAUAGUAAAAUUGUUGAAAGACAUUAACCUCAUUUUAGAAGAAAUAUAAAAUGUAGUUAUUGUUAACCAAAGUCCUUUAGUCUUAAAAGGCAAAGAGAUUUUUUUUUAUAUAAAACGAAGAACAAAAUAAUAAUUUAAUCAAUAAUUCAAUAUUGAAUCAACUCAAGAAGAUUAUUUAGUUGAUUUUGUUUAAUCCGAUAGCAUUUAACUAAGAACAAAUCCAAAUAGAUUUACUUUAGAACUUGAAAAAAAUCUUUAAAAAGAAUUCAAUGAUCAAACCUUAAAAAUAUACAAUCAAGAUUACUACUUAAUUUAAUUAAAAAAUUAUUUAAAAAACAGGUUUAUUUCAUUAGAAAAUUUCAUAGCCAUUUAUAGUACAACUUUUGAAUCAUAUUAAGUGUGUUCGAACAAUAUCUAAAAUUAAUAAGAAUAUGAAAUAAAGUGUAUGUUGAAGACUAUGUCAGGGAAUUUUUCUUUAUGUAAUUUGAUAAAAAUAUAAAAUAAUGAUACCAUUGAUAUAAGAUGUGAGUGUAAUAAAUUUGGCGAAAUUUUCAUCAUAACUUCCUCAAAUUUUAGUAAAGUAAUUUUAAAUAAUUCAGAUUAAUAAAUGUUUGAUCUUGUUUUUGGAACUACAAACUUAUUGGCUAUUAUAAUUUUUUCAAGCAUUUUAACUCUUACAUUUAUGACCAUAUAUAUUUUAUUUUUGCUUAAAGAUUGUAGUAAUAAGCAAGAAAGUUUAAAUACAGAAGAAAUUAUUCCAAAUACUUCAAAGAGUAACAUUGAUAAAAAAAGACUUUUGUAUGAAGGAUGCUUUAAAGUCUUCAUAGCUAAUGUGAAAGUAAUUUUACAUAAUUAUUAUUAGUUAAUCCAUCAAAGCCUUUCAAUAUUUUAUUAUUAGGACAAGUAUAUUAAUCUUAGUUAUAGGAUUUUGGAGAUUUUUUCCUAAUUCAAUUUACUCUUAACUUUAACUAUUGUAGAAUGUUAUGUUUUUAAUAAUUCUAUUAUUUUUAUCAUCUUAUUCAUAAUUGCAAAUCCUUUCAUAAUUUUGAUUUUGAGGAUAUUAUAUAAGAUAAUAAAAGCGAUCUAUAGAUUUAAAAGAAUAGCAGCUUUCAUUAGUUAAUUGCUCCUUAUUUUGCUGUUAGUAAUACCUAAUUUAGUUUUAUUCAUUUUUUAACUAUUUAAGUAUUUAUUAUUACGCUAUUUUAGUAUAUCUGUGAAAUCAGAAUAAUAUGAAGUUGCGAUUAUCUUUUUAGGCAGCCUUCUAUUUUCAUAAAUAUUUGUCGAACCACUUAUAAUCCUUGUUAGAAUAAUAAUAUAUAGACUUAUAGCACCAAGUAUAGAUUAAAAGGAACUCAAUCCAUAUAUUCAUUUAAUACAUUUUUUUAUUAUGCAUAGCAGUUUAGAAGAUAUAUUUGAUAAUUUUACCAGAAUAUGA